CAAAACGUUCCAAAUCUGAGAGGAUGCAACCCAUUUUUCUGUCGUGACGUCACUUGACUGAAUAGGAAAGCGAUUGGUUUUAAACUUGACGAUUUGUUUUUGUAAAAUUGUAAUGAGCGGGGCCGUACUCGGGAGUCGCGGAUGCUCUCCUGUCGAAAGAUUUGUCUUUUCCGAUUCCCUCCUCGGAGUUCUAACGUUAUCGGUGAACAGUUCGAAAAGGUUACAUCGUUGGAACGCACCUAAACAUUGAACAACAGAAGAGUUGCAGUCGAUACAAACAAACGGCUUCCCCUGGUUCAUGUCAUCGGACAUGGAGGAUCUCGAAGAGAUAGAUUGGAAGGAAUGGGAGGCGAAAGGUAAAUAUUUAAUUAUUAAGAAUGCGAGGAGGCUGUUGGAGAAUCGGUGUUUUGCCGUUGUCGACGAAACCGGCCAAAAGAACAACAUACCGAGGCUGAUAUACACCAUGUUCUACCAGUGUCUGUAUGGAUCGCUUACACCGGAUAACAUCGUCGAAGCUUGUAUAGCUCUGUCGGAACUGGACGACGAGAUACCCUCCGUCAUAAUGGACGUUAUAACUAUAUUCGAUACGGAAAUGGACUCCCAGAAAUUCAUCACGAAUGAAAGGGCGAAACUUUUGAGGGUGCUGGUCCUUUUAGACGAAAAGUGGUGCCCCGAACUCGGAAAAGAAAGGAUGGAGUUCGAGACGCAAAACGAAUACAACAGGAGUAUUAAAGUUUUCCACAGUAAAUUCAUCAAGUUGAAAACGAGAUUGUACUACAAACAGAAUAAAUUCAAUUUGUACAGAGAAGAAAACGAGGGCUAUGCUAAACUUAUAAUGCAGCUGAGCGGUAACGGCUUGCUCGAUGCAGAUACAUCAACAGUACUUAAAAAUAUAAAAUCCCUUAUCGGUUGCUUCAGUCUUGAUCCCACUCGAGUCAUCGAUAUCAUUUUGGAUAAUUUCCAAUUAAAUCCUUUUCAAGCUGAUUUUUUUAUCCCCCUUUUAAAAAUGUACAUGCCAGAUACAAAUCUAUUGAGUGAAGUCGUCGGUUUUAGAUAUGUGACUUUUAUUGAAAAUGGUGUUACGCCAAGGUCUUUGCACAUUAUCGUGACAAUCAUGCUUCAUUAUGGUAUUUUAUCUAUAGACGAUGUUUACCCUUGGUUGUCGCCAGAAGAGGAUGAAGUUAAAAGAGAAGCGGAACAAAUCGAUACUGAUGAAAAAUCGCCGAAAAAACCAGUUGCUCAGCCUCUCAGCAAAGAAGAUUUUGAAAAGAACCAAAAGCUUAGCUUAUGUGAGGUUAUGGUCUCGUUAGGAUCUUGGAGGACGUUUCAAAUGAUGCUCACACGGAUACCCCAUUCUUACAUUUUUGAAAAGGAGCAGAUUGCUGAAGCUGUUUGUAGAUUUAUUCACUAUUUGAUAGCUCCUGUUUAUGCUACACACUCGGGUCUCAGUGAAAAAUUGGAACCUGCUCCUAUAGAGUUCCAACCUACUGUCAUCUCUGAAAAACAACCCAAGACUUUUGUAGAAGUGACAAAUGUAGUUUUUCCGAUGCUGUACACUUUGGGCUCAUCUCUUCGCCAUGAUCUGGUGCUUGUUUUCAAAUUGACACGGAUGACUUCCACAGCACUACAACAUAUUUUAAAAACUCAAGACACAGAAAAUAUUAUUUUUGAACAGAUAACUACUUUGAUUCAGGAAUGUCUUUUUCCUACAUUAUCGAACAUACAAGCAAAUUGUUGUGUAAGUGAAGCGAUAUGGAAUGUUGUCAAACUUUAUCCUUUACAAGCCAGAUAUUCGUUGUAUUAUUAUUGGAGAGAAUAUUUACAAGCAAAUCAAGUACUUUUAUCUAAACGUUGUCAAGGGAAAGUCAAUGCUAAAUCCUGCAUGAAGAGGGUGAGCAAAGAGAACGUUAAACAGAUAGGAAGACUUCUUGGGAAACUCUCUCACUACUCCCCUGUGACUUUGUUCGAUUAUAUUUUAUUUCAAAUCCAAAUGCAUGAUAAUUUAAUCGGACCUGUUGUAGAUUCUCUUAAAUACAUGACCAACAUGUCAUACGAUGUUUUAGGGUUUUGCAUAUUCAAUUCUCUUUAUAAUGACACAAAGCAGCGUCAGAAACAUGAUGGAACGACAGUAUUAUCUUGGUUUCAGAGUACUGCUCUCUUCUGUGCUACAGUUUUUAAGAAAUACAACAUCGAUUUAUCAGGAAUCCUUCUCUACAUCAUGGAACAAUUAAAAAAUAAUAGAAGCAUCGAGUUACUCAUAUUAAAAGAGAUACUACAAAAAAUGACAGGUAUUGAUAUAACAGAUGAUAUGACCCAGCAUCAGAUCGAUUCACUAAGCGGCGGCGAAUUGUUGAGAUCGGAAGCAGGCUAUUUUGUACAGCAGCAGAAUUUUAAAAAAACAGCAACUCGGCUUAAGGAAGCCCUUGUUGAAAAUAACUUGGUAGCACCUUUAGGAAUUAUGCUUGCUCAACAGAGAAAUUAUAUAUUUUAUAGUGAAAGCAAAAAUAGCCAUCUAAAAUUCAUUGGGAAGUUAUACGACGAAUGUCAUGAUACUUUGUUGCAAUAUGGUGCAUUUAUCAGUGGGCCCAUAAUGCAUGAUACUCACAGUUCAUUUCCAACUAUACGGGACUUAUUAUUACUUUACAAAUUAGAUUUAGAUGCAGCAUUUUAUCUAUCUCGCCCUGUUUUAAAAUCAUUAGCAAUGGAAAGAUCAUCAGCUGCUAAGAAGGAUACAAGAAAAAUAAUUAAUAUCACUGAUGCGUUUUUUGAGAUAGUUGAUGCUAUAAGCCCUUGCAUAGAGGAGUUGUACUUGUCUAAACAAUGGGAAGACAUUUCUCCUAAAUUUGUAGCCCUUUUCUGGUCAUUGGGGCUCAGUGAUAUUUCAGUACCUGUGAGUGCUUAUCAAAAAGAAAUAGCUAAACAGAAAGAUCAGGAACUGACACAAGUAAAAACAAAUAAAGUUGAUAACAAGAUUACUACGCUGGGAGAUAAAUUGUCUCAGGAAUUAAAAGACCAACAACAGUAUGCAAAAUCGAUUUUAGAACAUCUAAAGGCAAGGAAGAAUGACUGGUUUUUAUCAAGAUCCAUAAAACCUGCAAAAAAUGAAAUGAUCACUCAAUUUCUUCAGAUGUGCAUUUUCCCAAGGUGCAUACUUUCUAUAACAGAUGCACUAUUCUGUGCUCAUUUUAUUCAUACAUUACACACAAUAAGAACUGGUAAUUUUAGUACUCUUUUAUGUUAUGACCGACUCCUUUGUGAUAUCACCUUCUCGGUUAUGUCCUGUACAGAAAAUGAAGCUAGCCGCUAUGGAAGAUUUCUCUGUGCAAUUCUUCAAAAUAUAAUGAGGUGGCACUCUAGCAAAGAAAUUUAUGACAAAGAAUGUGCUAAUACCCCUGGUUUUGUAACUAAAUUCAGAGCCAGUAAUGAAUUCUCUGAUGCAAACGAAAAUGUACACUUUGAAAACUACAGACAUGUUUGUCACAAAUGGCACUACAAAAUCACCAGGGCCGUUCUAAACCUUUUAGAGUCUGGUGAAUACGUUCAAAUUAGAAAUGGAUUAAUUGUGCUAAUUAAACUAUUACCAACUUUUCCUAUAAUCGGUAAAUUAGCCCAGUUUAUUGAAAAACGCAUUAACAAGGUGAAAGAAGAAGAAAAAAAUAACAGGCAAGAUUUAUAUACAUUAGCACUAAGUUAUAGUGGACUUCUUAUGUGUAAGUCACAACAGUUGAUGAGUGAAAGUGAUUUUCAUGUUGUUUCUUCCUCAUCUUCAACACCGAGUUCUGCCAAUGAAACGAGUAACUCGUUGAGGGAAGAUAAACUUGAUAUAGACACAGAAAGCUUCAGUACUGAACUACCGACAGAUAUUUACCUUUCUCCUCCAUCUUACUCUCAAAGUCACCCGACCUCUCCACCUUCCACACCUCCGCAACAAAAUUUCAAUAAAUCGACCUCGCCUACUAACAGUAAAGAAACUUCCCCUACAAGGGAAAAAUCUGAUAAACAAGACAGCAGUUUAUCUUAUGAUAAAAGUGACAGAACACCUACAGUAAUUUACAGGGACAUUAUAAAUAAUACUAGAAAUUCACCACCAAAGGAUCGAAAUGAAAGAUCCGAACGAGAUUUAGAAUCCCAUGAAUAUUUUUCUUCGAGAGAUGAAGACCCCCGUUAUGAAGUUUAUGAGGAUAACCAAUCAUACGAUGUUGAAAGUGAGAAACUUGAAGAAGGUGAACUCAACCGAAGAAUGAAAACAGUUAGAAGGACAAGGAGAAAAUCAAGAAUUGAUGAUAAAGAGAGAAGAAAAGUUGCCAAACCUAGAAUUAGAAGUAGAUCUGGAAGAUAAUAAACUUUGUAAAAUAUAUUUCUUUUUAAACCUAUGUUGAAUAAAAGAUUUCUUCCAUAAAUUUGUGUA